GGAGAUGAUGUUCUCAUUGUUUGUUUUUGAAUCGUGAGAACUCUGUUUUCGUUCCACGUCACCAACAACAACAUAGUAAUCGAUUGCAUUGUUCGAAGUGCUCACGACAAUUGGUUCCUAUCUGAUAAAGCCAACGCCUCAAUGGCGGGAAACGAUAUUUUGAAGAAACAGCGACCACAAAAUUGGAGUGUAACGCUGUUUCGGCGUCCUGGAAAUGCGAACCGACUGGGACUAGGGCUGCGUCGAAGUACCACUGGGCGUGUGUUUGUGGUAGGUCUCUCCGGUGACGAUCCUACAUCAUGGCACGCUCUCGCGUCAGUCAGCAUUGGUGACGAAGUCACACGCAUCAACGGCGCACUUUUGCGAACAUUAAGUCACUGUGAUGUUUCUCAGCUGCUCGACCCACAAACUAAAAAUGGUCGCCAGAACGGACGACUUGUUCUGAUGGGCGUUUGCCAUUACGGAAAUCCACAUGCAGUGCACGCGUUGAUCGAAAGGCCGUUUCGGGAUGCUCUGGUGGGUCUACAAAGCAGCUGCAACAACCACGAGUAUCCGGAAAUCUUGGAUUUGGCGGACAAAGGUCUGGUAACGGAUUCAGUAUUGCGAAUCGGUGACCGUGUGCGCUCAGUGAACGGCAUCCGCUGCAAGAUAUCAGAGCAAAAUUUAGCAGCGCUUCUGGAUAGCUCGGGCCGCUACAUUGCUAUUAUGGCCGAACGAGUAGACACCGAAGAUGGCUCGGCCUUGAUUAAGGUCGGGACAUCGGAGGCUUCAUCUCAUGCUGGUCGACAAGUUGAAAACGAGACUAAAGGGACCAUUUGCCUUCGGCAACGAUGUACGUGCUUGUACCGAUUCGUUCUGUCCCAUUCUAGGGCGACCGCCAAAUUAAGUGAGGCUGCUCGCUCAAGCUUAUUGUCCGGAUUUUCUUUAGACGUGAACAAGAGUUACACAAGCAUUAUGCGCAAAGAGGCCCUUAUUUCCUCCCGCUACCGACAAUUUUAGAUUGGCACACACGGCAGGAAUUGCAAUCAUUCUUUUACAAUAAUGCGUAACAAGCUUGUGCUAUGCACGCCGCGCUGCCGUUUCAUGAAGCCACUGGCCUUUGCUGCGUUGCGCUCGCGAUCAAUGCGGCCGUUGGGCCAUUUCAAGAUGCAGUUCUUCACGAUUGGAGUCUCGAGAGGUGAAUUCGCAAGC